AUGGUAGACAAGGAACCGGGUUCGCCUACCUGGAAGUUCACGCAGUGCUUCGGUGAUAAGGGCGAUGUGGAGGAUAUCACAGAAGCGGAUAUCAUCUCAACCGUCGAAUUCGAUCAUACCGGAAAUUAUCUAGCCACGGGAGACAAGGGUGGGAGAGUAGUGCUGUUCGAGAGGAACGAAACGAAAAAAACCUGCGAGUAUAAGUUCCACACCGAAUUUCAGUCGCACGAGCCGGAGUUCGAUUAUCUAAAAUCCCUAGAGAUCGAAGAGAAGAUCAACAAAAUUAAAUGGUGUAGACGAUCAAAUGCAUCCCAUUUCCUCUUGUCGACUAAUGAUAAGACGAUAAAGCUAUGGAAGGUGUUCGACAAGUCGCUGAAGGUCGUUGCGGAAAACAAUCUCUCGAGCGAGCUGACGCCCGCCGGCGUUGGUGGCGGAGGGGCACCCCGCGCGCCCCGUCAAUCGUUCAAGGAUCCUUCCCUGCUGAAGCUUCCUCGGAUGACACACCAUGAUACCGUCGUGGCCGCCGUCCCCCGGAGGACGUACGCUAAUGCACACGCCUAUCACAUCAACAGUAUCUCCGUCAACAGCGACGGGGAAACAUUCAUCAGUAGCGACGAUCUGCGCGUGAACCUGUGGAACCUUAAUAUUCAAGAUCAGAGCUUCAACAUCGUCGAUAUCAAGCCCGCGAACAUGGAGGAGCUGACGGAAGUGAUCACGGCCGCCGAAUUCCAUCCCACCAGCUGCAAUUGGUUCAUGUAUGCCAGUUCCAAGGGUACCAUCAAGCUUGCCGACAUGCGACAACGGGCGUUGUGUGACGAGCACCACAAGCUCUUCGAGCAAGAAGAAGAUGCCUCCUCCCGUUCCUUCUUUUCCGAAAUCAUCUCCUCCAUCUCCGACGUGCGAUUCUCGAAUGACGGCCGAUACAUCGUGUCACGAGACUACCUGACCGUCAAGAUCUGGGAUGUCAACAUGGAGCGACAACCAGUGAAGACCAUCCCCAUCCACGAACACCUGCGGCCCCGCUUGUGCGACACGUACGAGAACGACAGCAUCUUCGAUAAGUUCGAGGUGGUCUUCUCAGGCGAUGCCGAGAAUGUCAUGACCGGCAGUUACAACAACAACUUUAUGAUCUACCCCACCGAACAGAGCAAGGAGACGGAGAUUGUGCUACAGGCAGAUAAGUCGGCUUUCAAGGCGAAGAAGGUGGGCGUGCCGACGCCGAUGAACAAGAACGCCAACGGAAAGAAGAACGGCUCUCGCGCUGGUAGCCCUGCCGGUCCUGGUAGCCGCAUGAAGAAGGAGACCGAUGCGGAUCAGAUCGACUUCAACAAGAAGAUCCUGCACAUGAGCUGGCAUCCUUACGAAGAUAGCAUUGCCAUUGCGGCCACCAACAACCUAUUUGUCUUCUCUGCAUUGUAA